AUGCCUCCUAGAUUACCAGUACAGGCCAGCUCAUGGCGGCCCGUUGCUGAAUCCGUCUCAUCUCACUUUUCCUCACCCUCCGUCCCUACGGCAUCGACGAUAAUACCAUCAAUACCAACCUCGGCGCAGAGGUGUCCCAGCAAUGCAAGGGCCUUCUCCGCAACGGCCCCGGCGUCCGGACGUCUGGGGCGCAGGCAGAUGCGGCAAUGGAUGAAGCAAAACGAGCAAAAGUACAAGAGCCUCGAGAGCAGGCCCUAUGAGGGCUCACAAUACAUUUCAGGGAACGCGUCCCAGCCUUUCCCACUCAACCCUAACUUCAGGAGCGCGCCGGUGCUUUCGGAGAGCGCGCGGGAGCUUAUCUGGGAGAAGGUCAUGCUCAAGGGCGAGCCGAUGAAGUCGGUUUCGGCUGAGCUCGGCGUCGACAUCAGGAGGAUCGGCGCGGUCGUCAGGCUCAAGGAGGUCGAGAAGGACUGGAUUUCAAAUCCUCAAUGGCGCCUGCCGAAACAGAAUAAGCCCCUCGCCCGUCCCUACGCCAAGGCCUUUAUGGCUUUGCUCCCGCAAACCAAUUACGAUGAUCCCAAUGGUCAAAAAGUCCAUGAGAACUUCAAUGAGGUCGUCGUUCACCCGUACACUCAGCAACAACUCUUCUUCCCCGUGUCCGAAUCCCGCGAUUUCAACCGUGAGGAUGCCGCCAAGGCUUUUAACCGCUACCUGAAGUCUACCGAUGAGCGUAUCCCCCACCCGGAGCUUGUCCAGAUGGAACGUCAGAUCAAUGUCGAAGGUGUCGCGCCCUUGGAGGCAGCCAAGGCUUUCCGUCAAGCUACUUCCGAGGCGGAGCAAAAGAUCGCCGAGAGGGUGACGAAGGCCGCACAGAAGGAGGCUAGCCUUAUUACCCGUGUCAACGACAAGCGUGGUGUUGAGUUCAGAUUCAAGGACUACAACGUUGACGAAGUUGGUCACAACGGCAGGGGCCUGAAGGGCGUUGGGGUGAGGUAUGGUGUUGCGUCUUAUGACCGUAAGAGAGGAGAGGUCAAGAUCCCUACCUCGGUGGAGUAA